AUGAGGGUUUUGCCUGAGAAGAAUGCGGUCCGGAUCCUUUCGGGCCGAGAGAGGGGAACACAGGCGCAGGGUGCUCAGCGUCUCUUACAGUGCCUGGUGGAGGAUAAAACUCGGUUUAUGAAAUGGGAAGGCAAGAAAGUGGAGCUUCCAGACAGUCCGCGUUCUACAUUCCUACUGGCAUUCAGCCCAGACAGGACCCUGUUGGCAUCCACACACGUCAACCACAACAUUUACAUUACGGAAGUGAAGACUGGGCGCUGUAUACAUUCUCUUGUGGGACAUCGUCGUACUCCAUGGUGUGUAACCUUUCACCCUACCAUCCCAGGCCUCAUUGCAUCUGGUUGCCUUGAUGGGGAAGUGCGAAUAUGGGAUUUACAUGGCGGCAGUGAGAGCUGGUUCACAGAUAGUAACAACGCCAUUGCAUCCCUGGCCUUCCACCCCACAGUUCAGCUGCUGCUCAUCGCCACUGCCAAUGAAAUCCAUUUUUGGGAUUGGAGUCGGCGAGAACCCUUUGCUGUAGUGAAGACGGCCAGUGAGAUGGAACGUGUGCGAUUGGUACGAUUUGAUCCCCUUGGGCAUUAUCUUCUUACUGCUAUUGUAAACCCGUCUAACCAGCAGAGUGAUGAGGAGUCGGAGAUUUCCCUGGACAGCGCGGAGAUCCCCAUCUACCGCCAACGAUCGCUGCUACCGACUCAGCCGGUACGACGUACCCCGUUGCUCCACAACUUCCUGCACAUGCUGUCAUCCCGCUCCUCUGGCACACAAGCUGGAGAGCAGCCUCCUGUACAAGACUCAGCCACACCUUCGCCGCCUCCUCCACCACCCCCUCCUCCUCCACCCACAACAGAGAGCAACCAAAGGCUCUUAUAUUCUCGCAUGCGGGAGCGGGCCCCAGGGGUCAGUGCUCCAUGCUGCCAAGACCCUAAUAUGCUGUGCCUCUGCAUCCGUUGCUCUAGUGCACGGCUGUCUUCGCCUCUCUUCCCCCACCCUGAAGCGCCUGGUGCUCCCUCUACUUCUUCAGGGGUGACUUCCACUUCCUAUUCGCCAGUACAGACCGACCCCCAGCAUUCUCUGGAACGUCAGCAGCACCAGUCCUCUGCCCAGCAUGAUCACGGACUUCUAAGCCGACCUUCUGCCUUUAGCAGUGUACACAGUAGUACAGCCGGUAACACACUGCGCAAUCUGAGCCUGGGACCUACUCGCCGCUCCCUUACAGGGCAGCUGUCCCGCUACCAACAGCCUUCAACAGAAAUGGCUGGUUCUGAGUGGACUCGCACUGUGCUGAACAUGGGAUCCAGGCCUGAAACGGAACCCAUGCCUCCUCCCAGAACGAGUGCCGCGACUGUAGGUUUUUUGUCUGUCUUGCGCCAACAGGAAGGAGAGUCCUCCUCAUCUGUAUAUACUUCAGCCACCGAAGGAAGAGGAUUUUUUUCGAGCACAGAGGGCCCAGGAGUUCAGCCACCUGCCCACCCCACUUCAACCCGAACGGAUUUGCAGUGUGACCUUAGGCGCUUUUUCCUAGAGUAUGAUAGGCUGCAUGAGCUAGAACCCGGGGCAACAGGCACAUCACAGGGACAGGCUCAUGAGAUGCUCAAUAAUAACCUAGAGCCUGAGCAGCCGGGCACCUCCCACCAGCCAAGCCAGGCACACAGUGGCGAGAGCAGCUCCAACCAGCCCAGAGGACACUUGAAUCGCUGCCGUGCUUGCCACAACCUGCUGACGUUCAACAAUGACACGCUGCGCUGGGAAAGGACACCACCAGCUUAUCCUGAAGCUGCAGGCACAUCAUCCUGGCAAACCCCAGCAGUCCCUUCACCCAGUUCUUUACAAGCUGACCUGCCAGGGGUGGAUAGAACAGAUAUAGGAAGUGUGCCAGGUGGAAGUGCCCGUUUGGAACCUGGAACAUCACAAGAAGAGAGAACAGUGGGUGUAGUGUAUAACCCGGAGACUGGACACUGGGAACGGGUCUACAGUCAGCCUGCUACAGUCACCAGAGCGCCGAAUGUAUCCCAAGAAGCCUUACCGCAGGAUCUGCCAGAGGAGAGCACAGAGGAGGAUUCUCUACGGAGGUAA